AUGAAAAAUGAGAUAAAGCUAGUUGAGCUUGAAGAUGAAGUCGAUGUUGCCGUGGGGAAAGUAGAUGAGCUUGAUUUACGUUGUGGAGCUAAAAAAUCAUUGGCAGAUCCUCCCUAUCAGUCACUUGCUCUGCAAUCUUAUGACAUUGGUCCUACUAGGCCUCAUUUGCUCCUUGUUCGUGGGAGUGCUGCAUUUGCUCGUCUGUAUGAUAGACGAAUGCUGCCACCACUGUCAUCUAAUCAGAAAAUGUUGCCGCCACCUCUUUUUGUUAACUAUUUUUGCCCAAUGCAUCUUACUGACUGUGUUAGUCUAUAA